UGAUGCAAAUUAUUUAGUGCCCUUGUAUCUUGUUUUGUCCACCUGUCAUUUAUGACGCUCGAUUGGACACUUUUGUUUACAACUGGAACAUGAAAUUCAGUAAAGAUACAGAAAUAGAUAGCAUAUACGUGAAAGAUAUGCAUUAUAACAAUGACAUCUAUUUCUGACCUCUAUCCUAGUAAGCAUGAAUUAUCAACGACUUUACUAACAAGGUCGCAGGAGUUGUCUUCACUUUCUGAAAAUGGCAUACAUUUCAAGACAUUUAAUAUUUGUGAUUAUUAACUGUAUAAUUUGUGUUCAAGUUGCAAAAGGGAAAAACAGAUUUUAAUUGCAAGAAAGUAUUUCUUAACUUGGCCCAAGCUCAGUAAUGUUUAUUCGUAGAUUUUGAAUAUUUUACAGUGUAUCUGUCGAAAGAGUCAGUUCUUAUAAUUCAUAAAAAUAAUUCAAUGGAAAUUUUUGAUAUUUUUCAGUUUAAGUGACAUAUUCACCUUUGAUUUAAUAUUUCAGUUGUAAAGGAUAUAAGUGCGGAAAAGCCAUCUUCAUUUUAUUUAUCAAAGUAUGCAUCUAUAAAAUAGCAUACGUUAGUCUUUACGUGUCAUUUGAGUAUUAACGCUAACUUAUGUCCUAUUUAUUUGCUAAAUUGAAGUGUUUACUGUAGCUGUAAAAAAUAUUGUUCACUUAAUUAUAUAUUCUGUUUGCAACUAAGCAAAAGCUUAUUUUAAAGUAGUUUUAUUGUUCAAUUUUACUUCAAUAUGUCUUAUUCAGUGUUACUUACCAUCAUGAAGUUACUAGUGACAUUAUCAAUGCUGUUUUGUAUAUGGCUUGGAAGUUCCGGUCAGACCACCACCUCGACCCAAGAUAAAGACAGGUGUAGUAUUAAUGUGUUCGAUAAUUGCACAGAUGAAUUUACAUCCCUUGUGUAUAACGUCACAGAAAACGAAGUAAACUUUGAUAAAGAUGCUCUACUGAACUUCUACUGCAGCUCUAAUAUUACGGAGAUAAUACAAUGCUUGAGGGACCAUUUAGAUCCGACGUGUGGCCCAGAUACUGCAGCCUACACCAUAAAUAGAACACUGGCUAGUAUACCUCCUGAGUUUUCAUACGACAAGUUCUGUCGUAAUGACAGUAAGAAAGACUUUGACGAACUGGUUACAUGCCAAACGUUGUUUCCAAAUGUUAAAGGCUAUGCUGACUGCAUUACUGGUGUAACACUAAAUAAGACCCUUGAUCCUACAGACAUAUGCAACUUUUUGAACAGUACAUUGGGAUGCUCGUACAAAUACACAAAGAUUAUGUGCCCUAAUUCUACGAACGCAUUCAAAGAAUUCACAGCAAUCAACACUGUACCUUGUAAUCUUGAGUUUGAAAAUAGUCCGGAGGCGAUGUCGUGUGACGAUAACAUGGAGAAAGCAUGUUCCGUGGCUUAUAAACCACCUCCAUUUGACAGUACUACUGGUGAAUUUAUAGAAUUUAUAUGUAGCGAACGGAGCCGAGAAUUACAGCAAUGUCUUCGCAAAGUGUUUGCGAUGUGUAAAGACAAAAAUGGUUACAACAUUUCUUCAAUCACUAGCGAUAUUCAACUUUAUGAAACUCAAACGGCCAUGUUUUGUUCCAACAACAAAGAACAAAACGCAUUGAAGAAGUGUCAAGCAAUGUUUCCUAAAGUCAGUGCCUUUCAAGAUUGCGUAACUGGAAAAAGUCUGAACAAAACGAUUGACCCAGCUGAUCUGUGCAACUUCCUCCAGAACUCAGUCGGAUGUACUUACAAGUAUACAAAUCUGAUGUGCCCAGAAUCUUUGGACGCAUUUAAUAAAUCUGCUGCUAUUUCAUCUAACUGCCAGCUAAAGAUAGAUAAGACUGAAGUUGUCAGCACUUGCGACAAUAACAUUGACCAAGCCUGCAGCGUUGCGUUUAGUCCACCUGUAACCAACGAUCCUGAAGUAUAUGUUCAGUUCAUAUGUAGUGGCCGAGCUGAAGGAUAUUCAGCAUGUGUCCAGAAAGUAGAUAGAUUAUGUGAUUCUGCUAUCAAUGACGUCUCCGCAGUGCUGACAUAUUCUCAGUCCAGCGAAAAUCAAACAGAGAGGAUCAUAUGUGCCGACAAAACAAGUUAUAAAGCUUUUGCAAAAUGUUUAACGAGAUACAGUGGCUCAGACGAAUAUAUUAAGUGUGUAUCAAAAGAGGACUCUAAUGACACGUGUAGUAUCCAUACGUGCAGCCGAAACUCCAUCCAAAAGAUGUGCCCCUUAAGUGCAGAAUUCUACAAUAAGCUCUUUUACACUGCAUUGGUAGAAUGUAAGAUUAUAUCUGCGACAACCACCUCAGGGACAGUUGAUAUACCAACAACAGUUUCGUCGAGCAGUAAUCUACAAUUAUCAUUUCUGGCGCUUACAUUCCCUGUUUGGUGUGCUUUGGUUCGAGUUUCUUAGGUUUGGCAGGGAGAAGUCAGCACUGUCUGCUGUAAAAAUUAGAUUGUGCGUGAAAACUUUUAACUGUUGCACACAAUGAAUAUAUAUCGGGUGACAUUAAUAAAAGUGACACUUUUGAUGAUGCAUUGUGACGUGAUUUGAAUUUCAAGUGAUAGUGUAAUAUAGAAACCCCAGUUCUGAGCAUGAGGUGUCAACAGUAGCAACUUUCAACAUAUCUAGUCAACAUAUAAAACUUUUCUAUCUAUUUGUACCUUUACAACACCAGAACUGUAUCAUGUUAAUAGCAUUUCUGUUUAUUGCAAGCAUAGACCUUAUUAUAGGAAACACCUUUUUAAUGGAUGAACUACAAACUUUCAAAUAAUGACAUUUGCCAAUUUUGUGUACGAAUAUGAAAAGUGAAAACUCUAGUAGCACAGAAUAUAAAGUGUAAAGAUAACCACGUGUGGUCAGAAUGUGUAAUUUGUAAAAUAAAAUUUAGAGUAAACGACAGCAGAUAUGAAGAGCAGAUGGAGAUCUAAAUUAGACAAAAAUGGCGGGAUACUGCAGAAUGUUGUUUCAAAUGAUCUAGUAACACGAUAACGGUAAAUUGGCCUUAUCACUGCCAUCAAGUUUGAAACUGCUGAGAGGUGUCUACAAUUGGAAAAGUUGCUAUAUGACUUAAAUCAUAUUGGUGUGACUCUAAAUUCAACAUCAAACAUGUUUGAUAGGUCCCUAAAAACGUGAGCAAUACUUGGGUUUGUGUAAUGAGGUGUGGCUUAAAGCGGCGCAACAUUGCCAGUAAAAUACACUGCGUGCAAUGCUUCCCAGGCAAAUGAUGUAUUUCAUUUACAAAAUAUGAUAUUGUAAACAAUUAAAAGAUAUCAUCCAUGUUUUUGAUAUUAUUUUUAUACGUAAAUAAAAAAUAUGUAAAUAAAAAACA